AUGGGUAGUUACAAGGAGAAGGAGAAACAAGAAGAGAAUCAAGAUGAUGACCAUGACGAGAGCCUCAAAACAAGAAUCUCUAGCCAUCCUUUAUAUGGGCUCUUGGUUGAAACUCACCUAGACUGUUUGAAGGUUGGUGGCAUUGUAAAUGACCUAGAGGAAAGUGAUGCCCUCAAGAAUUAUAUGAAGCUGCUUGACAAUCAAAAGUCCAGUACUUUAGGAGAAUCGGAGCUCGAUCACUUCAUGGAAGCAUAUUGCUUGGCACUUAGAAAGCUGAAGGAAGCAAUGGAGGAACCUCACCAGAAGUCCAUGACUUUCAUAACUAACAUGCACCAUCAACUCAUGGAGCUAACCCCCACCAGGUCGCAUCUUGAUCUACCUGAACCACCAGCCAGCUUCCACCACCGCCGCCACACUUCUGGUCAGUCAUAA